AUGUCGCUCUCUAAAUCUGCCACUGCUCCCGGGACCAGCUCAUCGCGGGCCUGCCCGGCCGCGUGCGGGGCUCUCAUCGCAGCUAAGGACUCUCACGAGUUUUGCGUGGUCUGCUUGGGCCUCAAGCAUGCGGAAGAGGCUUUGGAGAACCUGGAGCAUUGCAGCCAUUGCCUUGUGCUGCCGAAAAAGCUCCUGCGGCGUCGACUCAAAGUUGCCGCUACCCAGUGUAUCGAGCUCGGCCUUUCUGACUCGGAUGGGGGACACGGUGACGGCGACGCGCCUCCGGGGGCCUCCCGGGGCGCGACGUCGCUUCAUUGGGCUGACCUGCCUAAUCCUGCGUUCCCCGAAGAGGAUAUCUUCGCGGGCAACCUCCCGUUCGCCGAUGAACCGGCUGGUUCCGGCGAUGAAGACGACGCGGGCCUUCUUGGGGUCUCAGAGGACGAGGAGGCCAUCCCACUCUCUGGUUUUUACCAGGCUAACCCCCGCGGCCUUACCCCAGUCCAUCCUCCUGGACGUGUGCGAACGAGCGGCCGCUCGUCUUAACAUUCCGUGGCCGGCUCCGCAGAGCGCCACCGACCAGGAGAGGGAUGUGUAUGAUGGGAAAGUGCUGGGUCCCCCGCCCGGCCCGAGGAAACAACUCUUCCCCGUCCUGCCAGCGUGCGCGAAGCACGUGAGGCACUACUGGAGCGACCCGUUGAACCUCAAACACGGUCUCGCGGGUCUGGAGGUGAAAGACAUGCCGUCGAUCGCCAGGCAUCUCAACCCCGUCCAGGGCGGGCUGCUCGCCCCUCCGAAGCCGGUCUUGCCUGGCAAAAUGGACCGUUUUUCUGCCUCUGUUCAUCAGGCCGCUUAUAAAUCCUCGGCCUUGGCUGUCAGGGCUCUCAAUGUUUCGUCCCUGCUUUCCGCUUACCAGGCGGAAAUUUUGGAGGAUUUGGGGCAGCAGCUGGACAAAGGAUCCCCCUCGCCAACCUUGUGGAAGGAGAUCCUUACGGUCAACGACCUCGUCCUCCGCAAUGCUCGGCAGGCUGUCCAAGCUUGCGGGCGCUCCAUGGCGCUUUCUGUAGUGGGGGAGCGUGCUCUCUGGCUGAACCUGUCGGGACUCCCUGACAGUGAGAAGAGGCGCGUUGCGGGCGCUCCGGUCGAGCCUGGCCAGGCUCUCUUCGGUCCCGCCGUGGCUUUGAUGCAGCAACGGUGCGACGACAAAAAGAAAGAGGAUGAGGCUUUCAAGUUGUGCCUCCCUAAGAAAGCUGCUCCGCGUCAGUUGCCCACUGCGCGUUUGCCUAACCCCCCCCGUCAUGGUGCGAAACCCGCAUCAUAG